AUGUCGUCAAAAGUGUCAGUGAUUUUCGGGAGUGGUCGAUGUGCAGAACAUAUGGCGAGGAUUUUGUUUUCCACUGGUGAGAGGGUGGCGAUUGUGAAUGGAAAACCGGAAUUUGAGGGAAGAAUUCGAGAGAAAAUGAAAAGUGAUAUACAGACAGCAAUGCCGUUCAUUUUUCCGGAUGAUUUGAGGAAUCAACAAGAGCUAUUCGAAUCUCGUCUUUCGAGGCUACAAUUUGCCCAAGAUUUUUCAUCAAUUGAAGGAGAAGUUGAAUUGAUUGUUCAUGCUGAUAAUAGUAGCCAACAGGAAAUCCUCAAGGCUCGAAGUUUAUUCCCGAAAACCCCGAUUGCUUCACUUGCAAGCCUGAACUCACAGGAAGCUGAUCAAUAUAUGGUCGAAUUGAAGUUAUUCGAACCCUUGGAAUCCAAUAAAAUUAUUGAGAUCCGGUCACAGCCAAAGACGCAGAAAGUUGUCUUGCAAAAAAUACGGGAACUGCUCAACAAAGCCGGAAUUUUGGAGGUAAACGCGAUCGAGGCUGAGAAAGUGAAUGCUUUAAUUAAAGCCUGGCAAAAGAAUGCUCAACCAGUAGAAUGUCUUGAAAAUGAUAUGGAAACUCUUCUCUCUAGCUAUCCAACAGACGCGAGUGCUCGACGGCAUACUGUAAUGCAC